AGGGAGGCAGUGGUGGGAGGAGAGACACGAGGGGAACGUUAACAACACGGCUCCCACUAAGCGUGCAGGGUGCUGGCCUUCUGCUUUAACUUGCUCCUGUGUGAUGAUAAAUGUGCACUGCGUCGACCGAGUGCCAUUUUUAAACAUUUAUGAAGUUUAUUUAAAACACUCACUUAUGAUGAAAGGUACUUUUGGCAAGUUUGGGCAGAGAAGACUGCGGGCGUAAAAGCCGAAGAGUGGAAAGUUUAAAUGGACUUUAAAUGGGCUGCUGAAGGCGCACUGGGUUGAUGGAUUUCAUUGAUACUAAAAAGUAUUUUUCAGGCCGUCUAAUCACCAUGGAUGUCGAGGAUUAAUUUUUUAUUUUUAUUUUAUGACCCACGCACGCAUUGAGAACAAAAAAUGUGAACCCUUGCGUUUUAUUCAGCACUUUCUUCUUAUUUUAAAAGUCGUAUUUUUUUAAUCCCAGCUCGUCCCUGAGGCGAAAGGAAUGCGUGGUUGAAUUUGGUCUGCAAAACGAGGGUUAAAUAAGAGCCUCAAUGGAUUGAAAGGUCGGAGUUUCAGCUUCAAGUGAGAAGUGCCUCAAGCAAGGUUGGGAAAUGUGUGAAGGAGUGUGAGGGACGGCCAUGGGACUGGAGAGACGGUGGCUUCAGGCUCUCACCGCUGCUGUAGCCAUAAGUCUGAUAAGCGUGUCUCAAGGUCUGGCAUCGUUGGUUCGUGCCAGAGAGGGGGCCUCUGCGGAGCUGGGAUGCAGUCUCUCUCCUACAUCCAGAGAACCUGCUGUACCAAACCUCUUUCCUCUGCAUGUAGUGGAGUGGGUGCGCCUCGGUUACAGUGUUCCCAUCCUCAUCAAAUUUGGGGUGUAUGCUCCUCGUGUUCAUCCAAACUACAAGGGUCGUGUGUCUCUGACCCGGGGUGCCUCCCUGCUGGUGGAACGGCUGACCCUGGAUGACGAAGGCUGGUUUGAAUGCCGCAUCCUGCUAUUGGACAGUAAAACAGAUGACUUUCAUAAUGGCACAUGGACCUUCCUCUCUAUCACAGCUCCACCCGUGUUUAUCAAGAAACCACCGACUUUUGUGGAAGUUCUGCUCGGAGACUCGUUGACUCUCAGCUGUGGAGCCCAUGGCAACCCUCGACCAACAGUUGUCUGGCAUAAAGAUGAGAGGCCAAUUGAAAAACAUGAAAAAAUAAAAGUGUUCAAUGGAACCUUGUCUUUGACCUCUGUCACAAGAAAUAUUUCAGGAGUGUACAGAUGCCAUGUGUCCAACUCAGAAGGAAACCUGACCCACUCAAUGCAGCUGCAGGUCAAAGGUCCUCCAAUCAUCAUCAUCUCCCCAGAGGACACCACUCUCAAUAUGUCCCAGGAUGCAGUUCUGCAAUGUCAGGCUGAUGCCUAUCCUUCAAACCUCACCUAUGAGUGGCUGAAACAAGGACAGAAUGUUUACCAUAUUGAGUACCUAAAGUCGCGAGUGAAGAUUUUAGUGGAUGGAACACUUCUUAUCCCUAAUCUCAUCCCGGAAGAUGCUGGCAACUAUACCUGCGUCCCAACUAAUGGAAUAUUGACCCCACCUUCAGCUUCUGCACACCUCAAAGUGAAACACCCUGCACGUGUAGGUCGCAUGCCUCGAGAAACAUAUUUGCCUGCAGGCAUGGAGGGAGUCAUUGUCUGUCCCGCCCAGGCUGAUCCACCUGUGCUGUACGUCAACUGGACCAAAGAUGGCAGUAACUUGAAUCUUGACAAUUUUCCUGGUUGGAUGGUGAACUCUGAGGGUUCAGUUUUUAUAACAACAGUCAAUGACAACGCUGUGGGCAUGUACACCUGUACUGCCUAUAACAGUUACGGCACCAUGGGCCAGUCUGAACCCACACAAGUCAUUCUGAAGGACCCUCCAUCAUUCCGAGUGCCUCCUCGGCCUGACUAUCUCCAGGAGGUGGGCAGAGAAUUGAUCAUCCCUUGUGAAGCCAGCGGUGAUCCCAUUCCAAAUGUGACAUGGAGCAAGAUUGGUUCAACUCCUCGCUCUCCAUACAGUGUGUUGGCUAAUGGCUCCCUCCUGCUGCAGCCUCUCAGUAAAGAUCACCAUGGGGGCUGGGAGUGCCUGGUCACUAAUCAUGUAGCAUCUGUCAGCGCAGGCACUGUGGUCAUGGUGCUGGGCACCAGUCCUCAUGGUGUGGCUUCGAUAUCUGUCACCACAGAGGUGAACCAGGCUAAUGUGUCCUGGGUGCCUGGCUUUGAUGGUGGAUACACCCAGAAGUUCACUGUGUGGGUCAAGCAGGCAUCGAGGGGAAAACAUGAAUGGGCAUCUUUGCCUGUUCCCACAUCCAAAAACUACCUGCUGGUGCCAGGGCUCCUUGCUGGCACUGCAUAUCAGUUCAGUGUCCUGCCUCAAAAUAAAAUCGGCUCUGGACCUUUCAGUGAAAUUGUUUCUGUGCGAACCCAAGCUGUGCCAACAGAAGUACCUACAGUGGUCACCACUGUCCCAAUCCUUGAUCCUCCCACACUCCUGUCAGCCAACCGGACAGCGCAAGGUGUUCUCCUCCAGUGGCUGCCUCCUGAGGCGCCAUCGUCUCCACUGACGGGCUACGUGCUGCAGGUCCGCAGGGAUACGGCCCAGUGGGUCAUCCUUAGCAGCAACAUCAGUGCCAAUCAGAGUGAAUUACUUGUACAAGGACUGCUAAGGGACUCCAGUUAUGAUCUGAGGCUGAUGUCUCGCAGCAACAAAGUACUCAGUGAACCCAGCGAGUCUGUCAAUGUGUCCACCUUAGGGAUGGACAUUUAUCCUCUACGCCCAGGUUUCUUAGAGGUCAUCUCUGAGCCUCUGUUAGCUGGUGUGUUAGGAGGAGUGUGCUUCCUGUUUAUGGCCAUCAUCCUUUCACUGGUGACAGCAUGCUAUAUGCGUCAUAGGAGACAGCGUCGGCACAGAAAGAGAAGACAGGAUCUCCCAUCUGCAUUUCAGAAGAACUCGUGUCCAGAAGCUCACUCGCCCCCUUGCAGCCCAGACAGUGUCCUAAAGCUGAAGCUGUGUCCACCGCUUCCCUUCUUCCCCAGCUCAUCCUCUGGACAAUCUGAUCGGUCAUCUUUUGAUAAAGGCAGCCGUGGGGAAUACGAUGACCAGCGGAAAAAACUCUUGUUCAACUCAUCUCCACCACCACAUUACACAGUCUUUGAGAGUCACUUGGGGUCUCAGGCCCCCUCACCAACUGUGUUGGAGUCCAUUUCCAGAGGGCCAGAUGGACGCUUCAUUGUCCAACCACUACCAGAGGGUUCCAGUCCCUCCAGUACGAAAAACUUGAAGAAGGAUGUUCUGCAAAGUAAUGGUGGGGCAAGUGGCUCAGGGAGCAACUGUACAUCAUUCAGAGAUUCUCCAAAGUCAAGCACCCUUAGCUCAGAGAAGGACGAGAAGAAGGAUUCUCCUCUCACUGUGGAUGUUCCAGAGCUGAGCAGACCUCCUUCUUCCCCUGGAAGAGUACGAGCCAUGGCCAGAAACUUCUCCCGUCAUGGCUGCUUUUACUCUGAUGAUGAACAAGGCUCAGAGGCCCUACUGGAAAGAGCCAGCUUCUAUUCAGACAACAGUGAGAAAAAACCCAGUGAUUCUCUAAGGAGACACCACAUGUCAGGCUACACUGAAGUUCUGUUCCCCAGCUUGGGCAGACAAACAGAGCUUCUGGAUAAAGAUCGAGACAGACCGCAUUGUUCAGGCUACCAGCCUAUUGAAAGUCUGCUGACUAAUAACAGCACCCUGGUCUCACAACUCGACGGCGUGCUGGAGAGGGAUAGCAUUAACAAGUGUGUCCAACUGGCAAAGGAGAGGGAAGAAAUAGAGAGAGAGCUGAAGAGCUAUACUGCUGAUCAGAGAAGUUGUGGUCAUGGAAGAGACAGGCAACAGUUUAAUAAAAGAGAAAGCCCUCAGAGGGAUGUGCUCAAGUCAGAGGAAGAGCCGAUAUGGAAGCCAAAAGAUGUUACUAUCAGACAGAAACACAAGCCCUCAAGUCAGACGAGUUGGGUAUCUGACUAUCGGAGGGCAUGCUACUUUGGAAACACUAGCAGUCCCAUGGAUCGGCUCCCUACAUCUCGCAUACAGUGGGACAUCAGCCCUGUUACAUCAGUCACCAGCCUCAUUCCUGUACAGAGUCCCGGGGAGACCACUUCACCAAGGUUGCAGCAUCCUCGCACAUGCAGGGAAACCUCUGAGGGCUCUUCUGCUGUUGAUCCAUCAUGCUCACCUGUCACACAGAACACCUCCCUUCCCAUGCUCUCCCCUGAUGUCUCCUUAGAAAGCCAUCAGAGUGAGCCAGAUACCUGCAGGAAGUCCAUAACUGAGCAGGGAUUAAGGGAAAAAAUACAGGACAGAAGUAUAAGGUAUAGACAUUCAUAUGCUUAUGCAGGCACUCAGCCCUGGGAUUCAGCAGCUGGAAGGUCAGUCCACAGUGAGGGGCCAGAACAUUCAGCCUCUGCACGGUAUAGUCAGCCUGAGAGAACUGUAGAUGUACACUGCACAGCCACAAGGGAUCCCAGUCCCUCAAGUUAUUCUACCUUACCCUGUGAACAUCCUGCAGCAGGGGUAGAAGCCAAAGACAGAGAGACUCCGGGCCAACAAAGUGUGGGGUUCUACUCGGAGUUAGAAAACGAGGGCAUUCGAACACGGAGGAGUGACAGAUAUCUUUUCUCUGAUAGUCCCAGCCCUAUUACCACACUAACUCUUGUAGAAGAGGUAGAGAGUGACCAGUCCCAAUUUUCUGUCCCCAGAAUGUCAGAGUCCUUCAAGGCCAAGCCUGCAGCCUCAUCUCCCAAAAUAUCCCCACUGCAGACAAGUGCAAUUCUUCAGUACCUGAGCCUUCCGUGUUUCAUUGAAAUGAGUGUAGAUGAGCCUGUGAAGGAAGCUGAAGCCAUAGACACUGCUGGAUUAAGUUCAGAACUAAGUCCAGAGACAUCUCUGGUGGCUAAACCUGAUGUAGUUCCUAAAAACUGGGAUGUUCAUGUUCAGGAAAACCAGGAAAUGGGCUUAAACCAAAAGGAAGCUGGCUUUGAAAAACCUCACUCUGCCAGUGCUGCAGAGGCCAGCUUUGAUGUUGGUAGAAAACAGGGCUCUAAACGCCCCCUCCAUGUGGAAGCUAGAGAUUCUUCACUUAGAGUAAGAUUUCCAGAUGAGAUAAGGCCAUCAUCUCCAGGUGCAGAAAAAACGAGUAAACAGCUCUAUGAUGAGAAAACGCAAAUCCGAAUUGGGAGUAAAAGCACAGACGGAGCCGCAUCCAGACUUGGAUCCAAGUCAGUUCACACCUUGUUCAGUGCGGCAACGGCCAUGGCAGAUAUAGUAUCAAAACACUCUCAGAGUUUUGUAGACAGUAGUGAGUCUUUAUCUGAGCAAUCCCAAAGACAAGGUUCUCAGGGCAGUAAGGUUAAUAACAUUGCAUCACGGAUAUGUCAGGCCCCUGUGCCAUUUCUCAAGAAAUCCUUAAGCAUGGGCCCCUGCAGGACGCUGUCGGAAAUGGGACAGCCUCACCCCUUUUUAAAGAAAUCUAUCAGUUUAGGUUUGCAGAGGUGGGAACACUUUGAGAGCCCAAGGACAUAUAUUUCUGAGAAAUGUUACUGGGACAAGUUCUCAAGCCCAGAUGUCAGGGUGAAGUCCCACAGUUUGGGUCAUGCACCAUCUUUCCUUCCCAGACCAGGCCCGUCCUGGAGGGAGUAUGUCCCAUUUAGACGCCCCAAUAUGAGGAGCUUAGAGAGGCCUCAUCAUGCACAAAGACCUUUAGCUAGUCCUUCCUACCUCACUCCUUCCAUGUACCCACCCAGACGAAGUUCACUCUCGCCAAUGCUGGAACCCUGUGAUACUCGACAACAAGCCGCUGUUUUCCCUGAGUCCUCCAGGUGGUCUCCCUCUUAUCAAGAAACUCCGAGAUCUGCCCAGCAUAAAUAUGUCCCCAUAUCCACAUCCAUCCCUGUCCCCCAGUACCAACACUGGCCAGGAUCCAGAGGGAAUAUCAUUAGACCCAUGGAUCCCAGGAGGGGCCCUCCAAGGUGCUACCUGCCCAGGGGCAUCAGCUGGCCCUCACCUUACUACCCUCCCCUCACACAUAGGGAGGGAGAGAGCUAUAGGCAGCUGGACAGGAUGAUGGGGAGGGGAGUGGAGACAGAGAUGCGGGAAGUCCGGGAGAUCAGGGAGGGUGGAAGGGCCAGUUAUGCCAGUCAGAGCAGUGGUAGAGGUAGUGCCGGUCUCUUCCGACAGUCCCUGUCCAUCACUCCCACACUGCUUAGCUCCCCAGAAACCACAGAGGAGAGCGAGCGGCACAGAGCUGAGAUGGAGCUGCCUGAGAGGCGAGCAAAAAGAAGGAACACAUCAGUAGAUGAGAGUUAUGAGUGGGAUUCUGCAGAUGUCUGUGUGGACUCAGAAGUCCUGGAGGCCACAAGGUUUGAUCAGUCACAAAUGGGUUUUCGGAGAGUCAGGGGGGAACUCCGAUAUGAUCAAGCUGGUGGCCCCCAGGACCAGCAACAGAAAGGCCCGUCUCCCUCAUUCAGCCCGCCAGUUUUCAACACACCUCGCUGCCAGUACAGCCGCUCUCUAAGUGAGGCGCGUUUCAACGCUCUCCGCCAGGAGUACGAAGCAUACAGGCAGGCUCAGGAAUCCAUCAGUUCCCGUGAGCCCUGCCUCAGCCCUGACCAUGACUCAGACUCUGACUCCGUCUCAGCACUGCUCUAGCUGCUUGGUAUAUCUAGGACAGAAACCAAACAGGAGAUCUAAUAAACAGAUGAUAGCACUGUGGUCCUGGACACUGUUCCUCUUCACUGGGGUUUUGUCCUGUGAAAGAACUCAUUGUUUAAACUUGUUAUUCUCUUGUUACAGCAGACUAAAGUGAAGUAUUUUAAAGACAUGGUACUAUGUGCUGUAUCCCAUUUCAUGUGUCAGACGUCAGCUCCUUGGCUGUUAACAUAUGGCAUUUUCUUUUUCUUGUAGUUGCAUAAUGAUGCUGAGAAGGGAUUAUUUAUUUUUCUACAAAGCUCAUGCAAAUGUAUUUUGGGAUAUUUUAAUUAAACCAUGACUAUUAUAGGACCCCUUUGAGAAAGACCUGCCUUAUAAAAGCAGCAGCCUGCUACACUGUAAAGGCUGGAUUUCAACUUUAUGUCUAGUGCAUCAAAGACAUCCCUUAAUAACACUUAUGUAGGUCUGUGUCUGAGAUAUGUUUGUGGAGGUGUUGCCUGUGUUCCCAGUCAAACUGCAUUUUUGCCACCCUCUUGGGCAGCACUUGUAAUUACACAAAGAAUUGAUAUAAAAGGUCUUAACAGUUCAUGUAACCUAAUUUUCAUGACUUCAAACAUUGAUUUACUGUUUAAAAAAAAAGAUUGAGUUCAUUUGCCAUUGUGAGUUACCUGCUGGUUCCCUGAAAUAACUCCCUGUUUCACACUUCACUGUCAGGAUAAAGCUCUUCGGUUGAGACUUUAUUAAUCACAUCACUUAAAAAAGCCUCACAGUAUUUGUUCAGAGUGUACAAAUGUUUAUAUGUAUCUUAAUGUGAGUGAACCCUGUUGUUGUAUAUUCCUGUUCACAUUUCAUCAGAUGAAAAAAUGCUACUUUGCUCCAUCUGAAUCAGUCCAACUUUGCCUCUGUGAUGAAAUAAGACACUGUAAAACUUGAUAAACACUGGGAAAUAAUUUUGCCUUAUUUUUGUUAAUGCCACAAAUACACUAAUUGAUUGACCGCGGAAGGGAUGGGCUGUAAUCGAACUGAUCAGGUGGUUAAACUUGUUUAACUUUUGUACCUUUUCUACACAGGUGUUGCUCACAUUAUGCGUAUUCCUGUAUAUUUAUUGAAAUGAGUUAUGCAACAAUGUUUACAAUUCACAACACUGAUGUGAAGGAAACACUGAAUAUUAUAUCUGCUCCUGAUUCUGUAUUCGAAUUAAAAGUCAGUUGUUAUGAAUUUUAUGUCCAUUAGCUGCCAUUUUGUUUUGUUUUUUACUGAAAAAUGACAAAAGCUGUUUUUGUACAUCACUUGACUGAGACUUUAAGAAUGUCUUUGUAGCUAUACGUGGGGGAGGAUUCAACAUUUGUUUUAGAUUUAAUAUAACCCAGAUGAAAAUCUUCAUAUGGAGUGAGUAUGCAUUCCUGAUGAUGGUUUUGGACGUUUUGUACAAACUGGAAAUUUUAUAUCUUGCCAUCUUGUUGUCUUUUUUUAUGUUUGUAAUGAAUAAAUUGUUUUAUUCUGAAUUUA